GCGAGAGCUUCACAGAGCUGCAGUCUGUCUGCCAUGGCCUGUCUGAUGGCCGCCUGGUCCGUGCACAAUCCCACCGUGACCAACUCCAUCAUCAUGAACACCAACGGGCCCCCCGACCUGAUGCUGGACCCCCGGACGGUGUGCGUCUGUUUGGAAGAGGGGAUCAACAAGCAUCCGGGGGGAACCCAGCAGACCCCGCUGCUGCAGAAACACCAGAAGAAGCAGGACGGACCCCUGAAGAAGGUGGACAACAUCCUGACGGAGGCCCAGAGGUUCUCCUCAUUGCCACGGAGACCAGCCGUCAACAUAGAGUUCAAAGACGUCUCCUACUCAAUCAGAGAGGGACCCUGGUGGAGGAAAAAAGGUUACAAAACUCUGCUCAAAGCCAUCUCUGGGAAAUUCACCAGCGGGGACCUGGUGGCCAUCAUGGGGCCCUCCGGAGCCGGGAAGUCCACGCUCAUGAAUAUCCUGGCGGGAUACAGGGAGACGGGGAUGAAGGGAGAGAUCCUGAUCAACGGCCAACCCAGAGACCUGCGCUCUUUCCGGAAGGUUUCCUGCUACAUCAUGCAGGACGACAUGCUGCUGCCGCACCUCACCGUGCUGGAGGCCAUGAUGGUUUCUGCCAACCUGAAGCUGCAGGAGAAGGAGGAGGCUCGGAGGGAGAUGGUCCAUGAGAUCCUGACAGCUCUGGGUCUGCUGGACUGUGCUAGAACCAGAACCUCCCACCUGUCCGGAGGCCAGAGGAAGAGGCUGGCCAUCGCUCUGGAGCUCGUCAACAAUCCUCCGGUGAUGUUCUUCGACGAGCCCACCAGCGGUUUGGACAGUUCGUCUUGUUUCCAAGUCGUCUCUCUUCUCAAAGCUCUGGCUCGAGGAGGACGGACCGUCAUCUGCACCAUCCACCAACCCAGCGCCAAACUCUUUGAGCUGUUUGACAAGCUCUACGUUCUGAGUCAGGGCCAGUGCAUCUAUAGGGGGAAGGUGUCCAGUCUGGUUCCGUACCUGCAGGAGCUCGGACUGAACUGUCCGACCUACCACAACCCGGCCGACUUCAUCAUGGAGGUGGCGUCCGGGGAGUACGGGGACCAGAUGGUGAGGCUGGUGAAGGCAGUGCAGGACAGAAAGUCUGAGGAAGAGCAUCAGACGGAGCUGAACGGAGACGCCAACCUGCAUCCGCUCCUCUGGCAGGAGGAGAGUUCUCCGUCGGAGGGUUGCCACAGCUUCUCAGCCAGCUGCAAGACUCAGUUCUGCAUCCUGUUCAGGCGGACGUUCCUCAGCAUCCUCCGCGACUCGGUGCUGACCCACCUCAGGAUCUCCUCUCACAUCGGGAUCGGAGUUCUGAUCGGUCUCCUGUACCUGGGCAUCGGCAACGAAGCCAAGAAGGUCCUGAGCAACUCGGGCUUCCUCUUCUUCUCCAUGCUGUUCCUCAUGUUCGCCGCUCUCAUGCCCACAGUGCUCACCUUUCCUCUGGAGUUGGGCGUUUUCCUGAGGGAACACCUGAACUACUGGUACAGUCUGAAGGCCUACUACCUGGCGAAGACCAUGGCCGACCUUCCCUUCCAGGUGGUCUUCCCGGUGGUCUACUGCAGCAUCGUUUACUGGAUGACGGCUCAGCCACCGGACGCCGCCCGGUUCUUCCUCUUCCUGUCUCUGGGGGUCCUUACAUCGUUGGUGGCUCAGAGUCUGGGUCUGCUGAUCGGCGCCGCCUCCACCUCCCUGCAGGUGGCGACGUUUGUGGGGCCCGUCACGGCGAUCCCGGUCCUGUUGUUCUCCGGGUUCUUCGUCAGCUUUGACACCAUCCCCUGGUACCUGCAGUGGAUGUCCUACAUCUCCUACGUCAGGUACGGCUUUGAAGGUGCCAUCUUGUCCAUCUACGGUUUGGACCGACCGGACCUUCACUGCGACGAAGACGACACGUGUCACUUCCAGAAGUCCGAGGCCAUCCUGAAGGAGCUGGACAUGCUGGACGCCAAACUCUAUCUGGACUUCAUCGUCCUCGCCAUCUUCUUCUUCUCUCUGCGGGUCAUCGCCUACUUCGUCCUGCGCUACAAGAUCAGCUCCGAGAGAUAGACCGGAACCGGAAACAGGAGGGGACCGGACCCGACCUGUUGGCCUGCGUUUGGACUCCGCUGAGGAGACGCCGGUUCGGUUUGGGUCCUGCAGGGACCGGAGCAGGCCUCCCGGUUUCUGAAGGUGAUACUGUGCCACAGCCUGGACUCUUCAGAAUAAAAGCCUCUCUGAACUGAGACUGAGUUCCUCUGAGAUGUUAGUGAAUUAUGGGUAAGUCUGUAAUCAGAGAGGUGUGGACUCACGCUGACUGUCUCAGAAAUAAACGUGUCUCGCGUCCCGAGUCUUCAGUCUUUCUUCUCCGUGAAGUUUUGCUCUGCUGAGUGUGGAGUUUGCUGCACGUCAGCAUCUUUUCACUGUUUGGGUUGGAAUUUGUCUUCAACGUGUCUAGAUCAGGUCAGGAGGACCGAGUCUCAGUCAUUGGUGUCUGAAAUCACCAGGCUGGACAAACUCAGGGAUCACAAUCUGUUUCUUUUCAGUUAAAAAUCAAACAUCAUUUCAGGGUAGAUUCUAAUGCUUUACCUGCUCAGCAACAAAUGACCAUUUAAUUUAAUUAAAAACGCCUGAAAAAGGGACUCAGACUUGUUUUAAAUUAUUCCCAGCAACAAAAAUGAGAAGUGUCUUCCAAAGCCAUUAACUGGAUUAAACCCAUUCUAAAUACUGGAUGUGAUUUAUUCUGCUGAACAUUUUGGCCUGCUUACUGACAUUAAUGUAAAAACACAACUAAAAGGAGAAAAACACUUGAUUUGUACCUACAUUUUAUUAAGAGUUUGAUUUUGUUAUUAAAAAUCUCAAAGACUAAAAUGUCUCCAUCUGCUUCAGCUCCAUUUAAGUCUUUCCCAAACGGAGUCAAGGGGCCACAUAAAUCUACCAAAACGGCUGCAAACGGCCCCCAAUUUACUAAAAAUUUUAGUAAAUUGAUAUUUACUAGAAUCAAGAUAAGCUGCACUAUGUACCUUUGACCAGCAGGUGGAGAUGUUUGCCUUCAGAAGAUAAAACUGACAUGAUGGGUGAUUUUCCUCCCCCUGGUGGCUGAACGCCGUCAGCGCAUGUCUCUGUAUGUUAACCAAAGGGACCAUCAGUUACUGUUUUUCCCUCCUAUCCCAUCGUUUGUGCUCCAUACUUUAGUUUUUACAUUUUCUUCCUUAGAACAAGUUCUAAAUGACCUUCCUGUAAAUAAACAAUUAUAUAUACAGUAAUUUGAUUAAAACUGGAAAUGUACAUAUCAAAUAAAUACAUUUUCUUCUCAAAACAG